UCUUCAAGCUUGGACGCUUGGGACAUUGGAAAAAGUGGGAUAAUUUGCUGAUUGAUACUAUAAGGUUGUUAGAUCUCAACAUUUAUAGUUUGCCAGAUUGUCUUCUUGUUAUGGUGGCAUUUGGGCGGUCAGUUGGGCCGGUGGGGAUGGCUAGUAUU